AGGUUGUCUUAUCAAUUUGUCAGCAAUCUGAUGUUUAUUAAGCGUCUACUACGUUUGUUUACACAAUUUUUCCUUUUUUUUCUAACAACGUCGCAGUAAGACGAAAAAUACCAAAGGAAUUGAAAAAUUCACGAUUCGUCAGUAUCAAAUAUAAGUAGAUUAUAUUAAUUCAAACAUGGGUGUUCGCUGCAUAGUUGAGAAUUGCAGAACUUUUAUUAAUUUAGAAUCAAAAGGUCCGCAGAGUAAAAGAAAUAAUUAUUAUACAUUUCCAAAAGAUGCAAAAAUGAGACAAGUUUGGUUAAAAAAAUGCGGGAAAAAGGAACCAUUUGAUUAUGAACACUCAUAUGUUUGUGUGAAACAUUUCAAAGACGAAGAUUUUGAACGUAAUCUUCGAGGUGAAGUAUUGGAAGUACCGAUAAAGAAAAAAUUAAAGUCCGACGCAAUACCAUCUUUAAAUUUAAACGACAAUGAAAAGGAGGACGAUUUAGGGAGAAAUUCCGGUAGAAAGCAACGUUAUGAACAGCGAGAACGAAAAAAAGAAGACGAUUCACCUAAAAAAAAUAAGCCUACAAAACGAGCUGUUGAUGUUGAUUUAACAUUAUCACCAGUAAAUAGAGAAACUUUACCCUUACCGAAGAAACUGAAAUCUUUAACAAAAGACAGUCCUAAACCGUCAAGUAAAGAAGAACAAGAGAAACUUGACGAAAUUGAUGCCGCAGAACUUCAAAAACUUUUAAAUAUUAUUUUAGAAAGGAUACAAUGUUUAGAGCAAGAAGUAGAGGGUCUCAAUCAUAUCAUGGAGGACAUAAAAAGUCGAAUUGAAAAAAUGCAAAAUAGGCAUUGAGAAGAAUAAUUAAUUCUAAUUGUUCAAAAUGGCACGUGUAAAUAUAUUUUUUAAAAUUAUUCAUAUAAAAAUUGUAAUAUUAGCUUCCAGCAUAUGAUGUAAUAAAUUAAAAAUUUCUUUGCUUUUUCUUUGUUUCUAUCUUCGUGGAAAAAGAGCUGAAUAUACAAUAAUGCGUUAAAAUAAAAAUUGUGAACUUAAAAUUUAAGUAUUGUUAUGUAUAUUAUUAGAAAUAAUGAGAACUUAAUAUUUUA